GACCAAAAUAAACCUCGGCCCUAGGGGGAGAGAGCUGGAUAGUCAGGAUUAACGUAGGCUAGCUAGCCUAGUUAGCUAACAUACAGUUAUCAUUUAUGUAUUCGCUACUCUUGAAGCUAGCUCAUGCUAACGUUACACCAAACACGCUGGAAUUAGUUUACAGCAAACACCACGCGUUUCUAUGGCUGAUAAAGUAGAUAACAGAGCUAUUUAGCAGACCUCUUUAGGUUUUACGCGCUGCUUUAGUCGAAUCAAUGAGUAACCAGAGAGCUAUCAUCGCAUGCUUGUUAACAUUUUCUAUGAAGAAACCGACAUUUCCCAAAGAAGAAGUCGAAUUGGCCAGCGGUGCACAUGGUGACCUGAUGAUCUGACUCAAGUCCGAGCAAAGCCAAAUGACACUGUUCAGUAUCUGUGUUUAUGUGCUACUACUGGUACUGUCUGGUUGAGCGAUUAACUGAGCUUUCAGUGAGUCCAGGUAGGCUAAACUUUAAACAGGAUAAGUUUCUUUGACGUGUCCGAGGCUUGCCAAACAGCUCUCAUAUACAGAGAGGGCAAACUCCAAAGAAAAUUGUAUUCCAGCAACCAUAGGAUUGGGUUAUCUGCUGCAGCAAUAAGUAUGAUAAAGGCUUACUUGCUUGGGAAGUACCUACUGACACUGUUAGUAGGACUGACUAACUCUGACUGUUUUUCUCAUAGUGUGCUUUCAGUCUGAGGCUCUCUGUUCUGUUCUCAGUGGUUCCCAUCAGCAAAGACAGAAAGCUCUUUUCUGAUGGUCAUGUCUUAGAAGUGCAGUUUGAUGUUAAAUAUGUCUGAACAAGAGGCUGUUUAUUAUUGACACAGUAGUAAUUAGUAGUAAUUUUUUAAACUGACAGAGAUAAACCACUCAAAGCUGACCAGCCCAGGACUGAUGUUUAUUGAUUAUAUCACAAAAAGCCUCAGAAUCUUCACUGUUUUUGUUGUCACAGUCACAUGUUUUGUAAUUAUACGAGACUUGAGUGGAUUAUUAGCCCACCUGAUAAACAAAUAGAAAAAUGUUGGAUAAUUGCAGUAGAUUGCUACUAUGUGUGCAAGAGAAACUGAGGACUUAACUGGAUUGAGGCUAUUUAGACUGCAGAAAUCCUCCUCAACAUCCUCACGCAGUGAUCUAUUAACACAGUCAUUCAAGUAAGGGUCUGCAUUAAUGCUUAAGAGGUGAAGCUAAGAGACAGUUCAUGCUCACGUUACGGUUACUUUCUCAAUUUCACAAUUCAAAUCAAGAAAACAAAGUUCGUUUCAGGUAGAAUAAUAAAACAUGUCAAGAGUGUUUUGGUGGCAAUUUAUCAACUGUCUGUCUUUAUAGUGAUUAAAUACAGGCGUGAUCCGCUCUCUUCUGAAUUGAUGACCCUCGCUUGGGCUGGGCAAAGCGGUGGUCAGUUUGUGCAUGCAAACACUCGCCCACCAGUUUGUUAAGUUACAUAAAGACGAGAAACCUCAGAUGCCCCAUUGAUAUUAUUACAUUAUAUGUCAGAGAUCAGACUGCUCUUAAGCUGAUUGUCUUAUUUUAUAUGGAUGGUUGACAUUAAGAACCCUGACAUUUGGCUUUAAAACUAAGUUGAGCUUAAAAGCAUUACACAGAAUUACUCACAGAGAUGCAGAUUUUGGUAUUAGAAGUGCAUGUUCACUUGGGUAAUUGAAUCUUCUCUUUCAUUUUUUAUGUCAAACAACAUCUUCUGCGUACUUCUCUCCUUCGCUGGAGUGCAUUUCAAGACAUCAUGUCUUCCCGUGAGCGUCGGUCAGAUGUCUACAUAAAGGCAGAACCAAGUAGUCCAGAGGGAGGCGGGGGAGGUCGGACCAGCCCUGGCGGGGCCUCCUCAGAUUCUUCUCAUAGCGGAGGCGGAGUGACCCGAGGAGACAACGUUAAACGUUACUCCCCGCCACUGUACACACCAGCUCUGCGUUGCCAUUUCAAGGAUGAGGGUGGCGAUGGGGCAGAGGAGGGCUCCGCUGGAAAUGGGGCAGGUCGAUGCAAGUACGCCCUGAGCACGCUUCCCAAGAGGCUGUGUCUCGUUUGCGGGGAUGUGGCCUCAGGUUACCAUUAUGGUGUUGCAUCGUGUGAGGCCUGUAAAGCAUUCUUCAAGAGAACCAUUCAAGGUAACAUUGAAUAUAGCUGUCCAGCAUCAAAUGAGUGUGAAAUCACUAAAAGGCGCAGAAAGGCUUGCCAGGCAUGCCGCUUCACCAAGUGCUUGAAAGUAGGCAUGCUUAAAGAGGGAGUUCGUCUGGACAGGGUCAGGGGUGGAAGGCAGAAGUACAAAAGACGCCCAGAAGUGGAGAAUGCAACAUACCAGAGUGCUCCUCUACCGCUGACAAAGGAGAGCGAAAAAAAUUCCUACAACAUCAUCGUGUCCCACCUUCUAGUAGCAGAGCCAGAAAAGUUAUUUGCCAUGCCCGACCCUCUGCAGCCGGACACGGCCCAGCGUACGCUCACCACCCUUUGUGACCUGGCUGACCGUGAGCUGGUUGUGAUCAUUGGCUGGGCCAAACACAUUCCUGGCUUCUUGUCUCUGUCUCUGGCAGACCAGAUGUCAGUGCUGCAGUCAGUGUGGCUGGAGGUGCUCGUGCUGGGCGUAGCGUACCGCUCGCUCGGCUGUGAGGACGAGGUGGUGUUCGCAGAGGACUUUGUCCUUGACGAGGAGAUGUCACGUGCAGCCGGACUGACAGAGCUUAAUGCAGCUAUUAGUCAGCUCGCUCGCCGAUUCCGUGCCCUUAACGUGGACCGGGAGGAAUUUGUCAUGCUAAAAGCCAUCGCACUCACCAACUCAGACUCUGUUUACAUCGAGGACAUGGAGGCCGUGCAGAAGCUGCGGGACCUCCUCCACCAGGCCCUGCUGGAGAUGGAAUGUCAGCGGCGCCCAGACGACCCCCAGCGGGCAGGACGUCUUCUUUUAACGUUGCCUCUCCUCCGACAGACUGCUGGCCGUGCUCUGACCACUUUCUACAGCAUCAAGACCCGGGGUGGGGUGCCCAUGCACAAACUAUUCCUGGAGAUGCUGGAAGCCAUGAUGGACUCCCCCUAGAGAGAAACGCAGGAGCAGGAGUAGAGCGGAUUCAGAGAAAGCCCCAAACAGAGAGCUACUCUUCAAGAGUGGAUGUGUGUUUUAUGGAAAAGGACAGCUUUCAUUUCAGAAUUAAUAAUGAGGAAACGAUCAUUAUCUCCUUUAGGCCACAGGAAGAAAGGAAAAUAAUGUGAAGUGGAAAUUGGCCAUUUACAGAAUGAUGUAACUGUCAGAGUUCAGUAAAAAGCUCUUCACGUGAGAACAUUUAACACAAAUGCCAGAAUAUUUCUUAGUUCUAACCGUUUCACGGCAUGUUUCUUCACAGCAUCAACCUGCAGUUACUUAACCACUGAAGAACAACAUGUAGGUACCGAAUAACAGACUGCAACCAUGUGGCUUUUGAACUUAAAAAUAGUACUACAUCUGCUCAUGAAAAGCCAUAAUAACAUACCCGGCAAAAUGCUUGAGAGUCCAACAAGGGGUCAGAAUAAAGUGCACACUAAGUGCUUGUAUUUACUAUAGUUUAGUGUGCCGUUGUAGGCAAGUCAUAGGAAUUUCUUGCAAUAUGUUAAAAGCAAUAUAACGACUCGAAUAUUGUCUGUCACAUUCAAAAUGUGGAUCAAAUGGUGAGACAUCUAUUUGUAUGCCUCGAUUAGUAGUACUUCACUCUUGGGACCCCAAGCGCUGCUUUUUAGAAAAAAACAACAAAAAAAUCGAGCUUCUAGUAGAAACCGGUUUGGUCAGGGAAGCCAAAUGAGUACAUUUAAAAAAAAAAACAAAACAAAAAAAACAUUUGAGAAAAAACUGCAGCACUUUGGGGAUUAAAUUGUGAAGCGCAAGCCGCUGGUGUGAGUGCAGCUGUCUUUUUACAAGUUUGUGCAAUGGAUUCACAGUCCAGGAGAAGUGUAUAUGAAGACUGUAUGCACAUAAAAUGCUCCGCUUGGAAGUUAAUUUAUAUGUAAAGUGUUGUAUGUAAAUCCUACUGGCACACACAAAAAAAGGCUUCCAUCCAAGUAAGCAUGUGUGUUUGUUCGUAUGCAGUCGAAACCAAUGAGCUACACUGAGAUCAGGGACGAACACGGCUCUUGGACAUUAAAGCUAGUGUGGCAACGAGCGAUUAGAAAAGAAAUGCCUCAUCUGCUUUUUAAAAAAAAAAAAGUAUACUGCCCUCUCUACUCCACUAGAAUCACAGUUUUUGACUUCAGCAGGUGUGUUUUUGAAGAAAAAAAGAAAAGGUCUGUCCUGUUUGAUUUGUGGGCUGUGAUGUGUAACACUAAUUUGUAUGAUUGAUACGUGUACGUUGAGACAUUGCUGCAUUUUUCUGCAGUGGUGAAGAAUGUUGCAUAGAUCUCAGAUGCUUUUAUAUGAGAUCAGCUGAUCUGUUGAACUUUUGCAAGUGCCCAAUUAUGGGCUUAGGGCAACAAGAAAUGCAACAUCUUCCCUUUUGGAUGUGUGGAAGUCCUGCUUACUGUUCAGCAGGUUUGUAUAUUUACAGCAUAAAUGAUCACUGUAGUAAGCUUUCCAUGCGAUGCAAAGCUACAGUGUCGGAUAAUAAAAUCAGAUCCCUAAAAAUAAUAUUUAGUGGCCAAAAGGGCCAUUAAUCUUUUAGCCAUGUACAAUUCCACUGAAAUAAACAGAAACAUGCAAUUUGUAGUGGACAUUUUAACAAAAAAAACUAACAAAAAACAAAAAAAAAAGCCAGCAAAUGUGAGAAAACCACCCACCCCCAAUUAUAAUUUUAUUUGUGCAGCUCACAGUGUACUGAAAUUUGUAAAGACUUGAAACUUGCUUCUUUUUUUUUUCUCUUUUUUUCAUACAAUUUCCUUUUUAGGAUUUAAGGGUAUUUUAUUUACAUUGUAAACACACUGUUGUGGGGUUGGAUAAAGUGAAUGCUGAUUGUGUUUUUAAUGUAAACAGGUGUGUGUCGUCUGAGGUUGAUUGUGAUUUUAGGGAUCAAUUUACUUGGCU